UGUUUGCCCCGGAAGUGGCUAUCUUCAGCUGACAGCUGCUGGUGAGGUUGCGACGGCAGGCCCGGAGCAAGAUGGCGCUGCGGCCGGGGACUGGGGCAGGCGGCGGCGCGGCCACUGGAGCCAGCACGGGGACCGCCGCGGGAGGCAGCUUCAUGUUUCCAGUUGCAGGUGGAAUAAGGCCUCCUCAAGCUGGUCUGAUGCCUAUACAGCAACAAGGAUUUCCUGUGGUCUCUGUCAUGCAGCCUAAUAUGCAAGGCAUGAUGGGAAUGAGUUACAGCUCUCAGAUGUCCCAGGGACCUAUUGCCAUGCAGGCAGGGAUACCAAUGGGACCAAUGCCAGCAGCAGGAAUGCCUUAUAUGGGACAAGCGCCAUUCCUGGGAAUGCGUCCUGCAGGCCCACAGUACACGCCCGACAUGCAGAAACAGUUUGCUGAAGAGCAGCAAAAACGUUUUGAACAACAGCAAAAACUCUUAGAAGAAGAAAGGAAAAGACGCCAGUUUGAAGAGCAAAAACAAAAGCUCAGACUUCUGAGUAGUGUGAAGCCCAAGACAGGAGAGAAGAGUAGAGAUGAUGCUUUGGAAGCCAUUAAAGGAAACUUAGAUGGGUUUUCUAGAGAUGCUAAGAUGCACCCAACUCCAGCAUCGCACCCCAAGAAACCAGGGCCUUCCUUGGAGGAGAAGCUCCUAAUAUCUUGUGACAUAAGUGCACCGGGGCAGGAACAAUUUAAAUUAAAUACUUCUGAAGUUGGGCAUAAAGCCAUGGGCCCAGGUUCCAGUAAGAACCAUCCUAGUUUAACGACCAGUAAUGGGGGUGCUAUAGAUGGACGUGUAAGUGGUGCCACCACAGCAGAGGCAGAAAAGACUUCAGACCAAAACCUGUCAAUUGAAGAGAGUGGUGUGGGAGUAUUUCCCUCCCAGGAUCCUGUUCAACCCAGAAUGCCUCCUUGGAUUUACAACGAGAGUCUGGUUCCAGAUGCUUAUAAGAAAAUUUUAGAAACCACAAUGACUCCAACGGGAAUAGAUACUGCCAAGCUUUAUCCCAUUCUCAUGUCAUCUGGGCUUCCCAGGGAAACUCUUGGACAGAUAUGGGCCUUAGCUAAUCGAACCACACCUGGCAAACUGACUAAAGAAGAACUCUAUACUGUUCUGGCCAUGAUAGCAGUGACACAGAGGGGUGUUCCUGCUAUUAGUCCAGAUGCUUUAAGCCAGUUCCCAGCGGCUCCUAUUCCAACUUUAAGUGGUUUUCCUAUGGCUCUUCCUACCCCUGUGAGUCAGCCGACAGUGAUGCCUUCAGUCCCUGCAGGCUCCCUGCCUCUCAGCCUGGGACAGCCAGUCAUGGGCAUUAACCUUGUUGGACCAGUUGGGGGAGCUGCAGCCCAGGCUUCCAGUGGCUUCUUGCCAACGUACUCAGCAAAUCAGGUGGUAAAACCAGAAGAAGAUGACUUCCAGGAUUUUCAAGACGCUUCUAAAUCAGGAUCCCUUGAUGACUCAUUUAGUGAUUUCCAAGAGUUACCUGCUGCUUCAAAGGCAAAUCAUUCCCAGCAUGGAACCAGUGUCCCUUCUUUGUUAAUACCACUUCCUGGAACUAAACCCUCAGCUUCAACGGAUAAAUACGCUGUGUUUAAAGGAAUUGCAACUGAAAAGACCUCUGAAAGUACUGUACCCUUUGGAGAACCAGGAGAUAAAUAUAGUGCUUUCAGAGAACUUGAACAGACAACAGAGAAUAAAUCUUUAGGAGAAAGCUUUGCAGAAUUCAGAGGUGCAGGAACAGACGAUGGUUUCACCGAUUUUAAAACAGCUGAGAGCAUAUCACCAUUAGAACUACCCUCAAAAGACAAAGCUUUUCCAGCACCCUUCUCCUCAGGAACUAUACAGCAGAAACCACAAACCCAAGUGAAAAAUCCUCUGAAUUUAGCAGACCUAGAUAUGUUUUCCUCCAGUAAUUGUAGCAAUGAGAAACCUGCAUCUUUUUCAUCUGCGUUUGGUGCAUCAAAAUCCAUUUCCACACGACCCCAGACGACAGACUCUGCUUCAACAACGACAUCAUUGGCGUCAGCGAGAACGUCUAGUUUGGCUGAUGAUUUUGGAGAAUUCAACCUCUUUGGGGGAUAUUCUAGUCCAACAUCUGUUGCAGAACAGGAUGACUUUGCCGAUUUUAUGGCUUUCAGUAAUAGCUCAGUUUCAUCUGAACAAAAGGCAGAUGACAAGUAUGAUGCCCUGAAAGAGGAAGCCAGUUCUGGUCCCCUUACCAGCAACUCUGGCAGCAUGGUGAAGAGUGGACACAACCCAGCGGCUGCGUCUACCAAGUAUGAUGUCUUCAAACAGCUUUCUCUGGAAGGAUCUGGACUAGGUGUUGAAGAACUCAAAGAUAGCACUCCUUCAGGGAAAAGUGAUGAUGACUUUGCUGACUUCCAUUCCAACAAAUUCUCUUCCAUGAACUCAGACAAAUCCCUUGGGGACAAAGCAGUGGCCUUCAGACACACCAAAGAAGACUCUGCGUCAGUGAAGUCCUUGGAUCUCCCUUCCAUUGGUGGCAGCAGUGUUGGCAAGGAGGACUCUGAAGACGCACUCUCUGUUCAGUUUGACAUGAAACUGGCUGAUGUGGGAGGCGAUCUUAAGCAUGUCAUGUCUGAUAGCUCUUUGGAUUUGCCAACAGUUAGUGGCCAGCAUCCUCCUGCUGCAGAUAUAGAGGACUUAAAAUAUGCUGCUUUUGGAACCUACAGUAGCAGUUUUGCAGUGAGCACUCUGACAAACUAUGACUGGUCAGACAGGGAUGACACGUCACAGGGCAGAAAACUCUCUCCGUUUGUCCUCUCAGCAGGAAGCGGACCCUCCUCAGCUGCCUCCGGUCUUCAGAAGAAAGAGACUUCAUUUGGCAGUUCUGAAAGCAUCUCCAUGGCUCCACUCUCCAGAGGAUCUGCCUUUGCAAGUGAAGACGCUCACCCUGAGACAGCCUUUCCAGCGUUUGCCAAUUUUAAAGAUGGCAUUCCUCAGACCAGCGAGCCAAAGGACUAUGACAGCGGCAACUAUAAAGAAUUCACGAGUCAGGACCUGCCUUCCGCUGAGUGGGGCCAGGAGGUCUUGUGUCCAAGCCCAGCUUCGAGUGGUGCGUCUCAUGAAACCCCAAAAGAGUGCUCAGAUGAUUUUGGAGAGUUUCAAAGUGAAAAGCCCAAAAUCAGCAAGUUUGACUUUUUAAUGGCCAAUGCCCAAGGCAAAAUGAAAUCCAGUGAAGAAAUGAUUAAAAGUGAGCUGGCAACAUUUGACCUUUCUGUUCAAGGAUCUCACAAGAGGAGUUUGAGCCUCGGUGAUAAAGAAAUAAGCCGUUCCUCUCCUUCACCGGCUUUGGAGCAGCCUUUCCGGGACCGUUCCAACACUCUGAAUGAGAAGCCAGCUUUGCCCGUCAUCCGUGACAAGUACAAAGAUCUGACAGGAGAGGUGGAGGAGAAUGAGAGAUACGCAUAUGAAUGGCAGAGAUGUCUGAGGAGCGCCCUAGAUGUCAUAAAAAAGGCAAAUGAUACCUUAAAUGGAAUCAGUAGUAGUUCUGUUUGCACAGAAGUAAUUCAGUCAGCUCAAGGCAUGGAAUAUUUAUUAGGUGUCGUUGAGGUGUACAGGGUAACCAAACGGGUGGAGCUGGGGAUCAAGGCCACGGCAGUAUGCAGUGAGAAACUCCAGCAGCUGCUGAAGGACAUUGAUAAAGUGUGGAACAACCUCAUCGGCUUCAUGUCACUUGCCACGCUCACACCAGAUGAAAAUUCGCUGGAUUUUUCUUCCUGUAUGCUACGUCCUGGAAUUAAAAAUGCCCAGGAACUUGCUUGUGGGGUGUGUCUCUUAAACGUGGACUCCAGGAGUCGGAAAGAAGAGAAGCCUGCAGAAGAGCAUCCUAAAAAAGCAUUCAACUCAGAAACAGACAACUUCAAGCUGGCAUAUGGAGGUCACCAAUAUCAUGCCAGCUGUGCCAACUUCUGGAUCAACUGUGUUGAACCAAAACCUCCUGGUCUUAUCUUGCCGGAUUUGCUCUGAGAAUUUCUUCUUUGAAGCACAACCACAUUGUUGUUUUUCCGUCUCACACCCCGGGGAAGGUAGAGACCAACUGUCAGAAUUCAAGUCCUGCAAAGUUCAUCUCCAUAAAUCCACAUGAAGAAUUCCCCAA